GUCCCCAGUGUAGCGCAUCGAGCCUACCCUGAAUUAUUAAGUUCCAAAUUCGUCCUCGACGGGGAUCGCCAAUCGACCAGGCCUUCUGGAAAAGCUUGGCUUCCUUGCGCCAGUCGUCUCUUAUAAGCGAGUGCCGGGGGGAGACGGGAGCAAGGGAGAAAGGUUGAUGAGUUGACGGUUAUUAGGAAAAGUCAUGGAAUAACCAUCACUCUCAUCCGAUAUUGCUUCUUAUAUCCAUAUACUCGCCCGUCGAGGCUGCUCAAUACUAUCCAUCGACUCGACAUUUCCAAUUACUGACCACUACCUACCUACCUUACCACACUGCCUUCCUCUUCCCUUUCGCGCAACACAGCUAUAGAAAGUGACGAUCUGGGCGUUGAUGGCUGUUUCUUCAUGAUGUUUCUGCACUCGGGAGCCAGCCUGCACGGCCAUGAAUACUCGAACCGACCUGCCCCCCAACCCGGCCCGCGACGCCAUCCGCUUCUGCGUUCUGCUCUCACGCCACCUGUUAAUCGAACAUCGUCUUAUCCCAUCAGUGCCGAAGAAUCACCACCUAGUGAACCCGUUUCGCCGAGCGAGAAGCGGAGGAGGCCCCUGUCUGAGCACCUUCCGCGCAACCUCGACGCGGUCGUGAGAUUUCGGGAGCCUGCUAGAUGCUGCUCGGCGGCGACCGUUGCGCGGCCCGAAACGAUGAGCGAAGAGGAGGACAUCUCCUCAUCGUCCGAGGGCGAGGUCAGCGAGAUUUCGUCUCCGGCUCGUCGCACUCGCCGGAGGACCCCCCGGAAGAGCACGACCUACCUCCUCGCCCAUCCCCCGCCGGGGCCGCGCAGCAAGCAGCUAAUCCGCAUCCGUCCCAAGCUGCUCCUCCAAAUACAGCAGCUGUCCGCCAAGACGCGACCGACCCCCAUCAUUGACGUGUAUCCUUCCUCUGCCAUCGCCAAGUCCCUGAUUGUACCCUUGCUGAAACGCUUUCCUCUCAUUGCGGGCAUCAAGAAGGAGCUGGGCAUCCAAGAUGUGAUGCUAGUGAAGAGCGAAAACUACGCGAUGAGGACUUCGGUGGUGGACAGCGAAGACGACGAGGACACUAUCAAGUCACGCGAGCUGCUCGCCAUCUUUAGUCCGUCGAGGGUCGAGGAUAAAGCUGAGGUGGUGUUAGCCAACGGGACUGUCUGGGUUGUUACCCCGCGGCUCAGCGGCGGCAGUGUCUACUCGUAUGAGUUCGUCUCUGUCGACGCGAGCGGCAACACGAUCAAGGCGCGAUGGGUUCGUAGGCAAAAUACCCCCUCCGCUUCGCGAUCGACGCCGGGCACCCCAACCUCACCUGUCGCACCGUCAUCGGUGCUGCCCUCGACAGACCAUAAAUUCACCUUUAGCAUCAUCGAUCCGAACUCGCGGCGCCAUCCCGUCCUGGCCACGCUCACGAACACGUCGCUCGACAUCCUCGACAGCUACACCACCGUCUCACCAUCCUCUAACAGCUACCCGCCGACGUCACCCUCCGCCCCCGGGCCCAACGGGGAACCCAAGGGCUCGGAGCGGACGACCCGGGAAGUGGAGGGCUGGCAGAAGUCCUUUAUCACGAUAUCUGCCGUCUGGGUUAUCCUGCGUCACGGUUGGUGCCCGAACUGCAAGCGGGAGGACGUGGGACCGCUCUCGUCCGCGUCCGCUUCGUCACAGGCGGACGCGAGCUCGUCGGGCCGCAACCGAUCCUCUAGCAACAUCUCGGACGCGGCCGCCCGAGCCUGCGGCGUCCCAGACGCAAGUAACCGCCGCCGGUUUUCAGGCGCCCUGAGGAUGAGCGAACCGCCCUCGCCGGCCGGUCUGCCUAGGAGGACGAUGUCGAGCGGGGCCUCGUUCGCACAGAGGCGCAGCGCCCUGGCCGACAGCGGCGAGCAGUCGGGCUCCGGAAGCGGCAGCGAGCCGACAUCUAAGGCUGCUAGGAGAGCCUUCAGCGGCGACUGGGGCGUGGAGCUGGCUAACCGCGGCUCCCUAACCGCGAUCAUGGACCCUCCCGCCUCGUCCUCCCAGCCCCGGUCGGCCCCGCGAGGUGCCGAGCCCAGCGACAGCUCGCCGGCCCCGGCCCCGGCCUCGAAUCCGGGUGCGACGAGUGCCGGGGGCCAAGCCAGGUCGGCGCACGUCUCGCAGGGCAGCACGCCCGCCGCUAGGGGCGGGGCCAUAGCCAUCGAGCUGGUUAAGAACCCGGCGGCCCCGAGCGGCUCGCGCGAGCCCGCGGCGGGCGGCACGACGCCGGCGGCGGCAGCGGCCGAGCAGGAGGAGCGCAGGUCGAAGUGGAGGAGCAUGACGAACUGGCUGCGCAAGCUGCAGGGCCGAUAGAAGGGCUUGUGCUGCCGCUGCUGCUGACAGACUCUCAGGAGGUCGAUGGCAUUUCCUACGCACAUUACGCAUACACAUAUACCCAUACAUACCCGCUCCCCCCCCCCUAACACACACACACAUGCUCGCACGCUCUCUACUAUCCUCUAUUCUGUUGCAUGACCUGGAGUUUUUGGGAUAGAAAAUAGGCCUAAGUCGGUGGCGGUUUCGGAUGG